UGUUAAACAGCUGCUGACGCGUGGGCUGAUGUGUGCAGAUCCUCACCAUCAUGGACUGCAUGAGUCCCACCAGCCUGGCUAAAGGCUGCUGUGUGAUCCAGGAGGGAGACGACGGCUCCACGGUUUACGUCCUCGAGGAGGGGAAAGUGGAGGUGAGCAAACAAGGGAAGAAACUCUGCUCCAUCGGUCCAGGAAAAGUGUUCGGAGAGCUCGCCAUCCUGUACAACUGCACCCGCACCGCCACCGUGACAGCUCUAACUGACAUCAAGCUCUGGGCGAUCGACCGUCAGGGUUUCCAGACCAUCAUGAUGAGGACUGGUCUCAUCAAACUCUCCCAGUACACAGACUUCCUCCGCAGUGUUCCCUCCUUGCAGUCGCUACCUGAGGACGUCCUCAGUAAACUGGCUGAUGUCCUGGAGGAGACUCAUUACAGCGAAGGUGAUUACAUUAUCCGUCAGGGAGCCACCGGAGACACGUUCUUCAUCAUCAGCGAAGGACAGGUGAAGGUGUCUCAGCAGAACGCAGCCGGGGACGAGCUGCUGGUGGAGAAGAGUCUUUCUAAAGGAGACUGGUUUGGAGAGCAGGCCCUGGAAGGGGAGGACGUCCGAACCGCCAGCGUCACGGCCGUGGGAGACGUCACGUGUCUGGUCAUCGACAGAGAGUCGUUCAAGCAGCUGAUUGGAGGACUGGACGAUGUCAACAACAAGCCGAGCGACGACAACGAGGUCGAAGCAAAGCUGCAGGCCGAGGCAGAUUUCUUCAGCAGCGUCUCGCUCACUGACUUCAACGUCAUCUGCACGCUGGGGAUGGGAGGCUUCAGCCGCGUGGAGCUGGUCAGUUUAAAGACGGAUCCCAGUCGCUCGUUCGCCCUGAAGGUUUUGAAGAAGCGUCACAUCCUGGACACCAGCCAGCAGGGCCACAUCCUGUCGGAGCGCCGCAUCAUGAUGGAGGCUCACAGCCCCUUCAUCAUCAGGUUGUACCGGACUUUCAGAGACGCCAAGUACCUGUACAUGCUGCUGGAGGCGUGUCUGGGAGGAGAGCUGUGGACGCUGCUGAGAGACAGGGGUUCGUUCGAUGACGGCAACACUCGCUUCUACACGGGCUGUGUCAUUGAGGCUCUGGCGUUCCUGCACUCCAGAGGAAUCAUCUACAGAGACCUCAAACCGGAGAACAUCAUCCUGGACCACAGAGGAUACGCCAAACUGGUGGACUUUGGCUUUGCAAAGAAAGUGGGUCUGGGUAAGAAGACGUGGACGUUCUGUGGGACUCCAGAGUACGUGGCCCCGGAGAUCAUCCUGAACAAAGGUCACGACAGCUCGGCCGACUGCUGGUCUCUGGGCAUCCUGGUGUUCGAGCUGCUGAGCGGCAGUCCUCCGUUCUCAGGUUCUGAUCCCAUGAACACGUACAACAUCAUCCUGAAGGGCAUCGACAUGAUCGAGUUCCCCAAGAAGAUCACGAAGAGCGCCGCCAACCUCAUCAAACGCCUCUGCAGAGACAACCCUUCAGAGCGGCUGGGGAACCAGAAGAAUGGAGUGAAGGACAUCCAGAAACACAAGUGGUUCGAGGGCUUCAACUGGGACGGCCUCCGCCAGGGAACCACCGACUCUCCGUUCACGCCCACAGUGAACGGACCCCUGGACACCGGCAACUUUGAUUAUUUCCCAGAAGACACUGAGGGCCCCCCCCCCGACGAGGAGUCCGGAUGGGACCUGGAGUUUUAA